CGACCGGGCUGAUGAUCGGCUGCCUCAUCUACCCCGACGGCUGGGACUCGGGCGAGGUGAAGCGCUUGUGCGGCGACAAGACGGACAAGUACACGCUGGGCGCCUGCACCGUGCGCUGGGCCUACAUCCUCUGCAUCAUCGGCAUCCUCGACGCGCUCAUCCUCUCCUUCCUGGCCUUUGUGUUGGGGAACCGGCAGGACAACCUCCUCCCUUCGGAUUUUAAAGUGGAAAAUAAAG